GGGAGAUUGAGAGGCCGUUGGGCCGGGUCGCCUGGGUUUCGCUGGCACCUUGGCUAUGGCUCAGGAGGCAAUGGAGGUGGAUCUCCAUACGGGUCCCGCGCAGGAGGAGGAGGUGGUGGCGGCAGCAGCAAUGGCGGCAGCGACUGCUGUUGCUGAGGAGAGGCCAUCGGCUUCCCGCAUCCCUUGGAGCGCCCUCUUCGGCGAGCGGGAGCCGCGGAGGCCGCCUCCUUCCCAGCCCCAGUCGCAACCUCUGCCCCGAGCCAGGAGCAGGCGGCCUCGGCAGCCGACAGCGCGCGGAACCCAACGGGCAGCCCGAAGCAGGUCCACAGCAGCAUUGCAUGCUUACUUCCUCAGCAGGAUUGAAGCAGCAACAGCCACAUCGAAUCUCUCAGCAGGCCAUGGUGGGCACAGCUCAUAUGAGACUGUGACUCUUAGUGACUCUGACAGUGACAGUAGCAGCUUGACUGAAGUGGAAGAGGAGGAGGAGGAGGACGGUGAGGAACCUGUAGGAGCCCCUGAAGAGGCACCAGCACCAUCUGACUUGGGAGUCUCUGAUGCACCACAAAUGGAUCCUCCUGUAGGCGACUCCAGUGAGCCAGAGCAUCUGGAACCUAGAGAAGCUGCUGUCCAGCAGAAGAAGAAAAGUCCUCUAAAAGGAGCCAAUCCUGCAGCACCUGUGACCCCCUCAGAGGAAGAGGAGAAUGGUGAUACCUGCACUAUUUGCUUCGAAGAGUGGACUAAUGCAGGGGGGCACCGUCUCUCUGCCCUGCGGUGUGGGCAUCUCUUUGGCUACAGCUGCAUUGAGAAGUGGCUGAAGGGACAGGCAGGCAAAUGCCCUCAGUGUAAUAAGAAAGCCAAGCGGUCAGACAUUGUGGUCCUUUAUGCCCGCACUCUGAAAGCAUUGGACACUAGUGAACAGGAGCACAUGAAAAGCUCUCUAGAAAAGGAGCAAAUGCUACGAAGGAAAGCAGAGCUGGAAUCUGCUCAGAGCCGACUCCAGCUGCAUGUCUUGACGGAAGAGUGUACCAAACUUCGGCAGCAAGUCCAGGAAUUGAAGACCUUGAUGGCUCAACAUCAAACCAGUUCCUCUCAGCAGCCCACCAACUCUCGCUCUGGCAUCUCAGGAUGCCCUUCCUCUAGCCAAGGCCAGCACAAGUACCAUUUUGAGAAAGCCUUUAUGGUAUCCCAAGCUGGCAGCUGCCGGGUCAUGGCAUACUGUGACGUGCUGAGCUGCCUGGUGAUGUCACAGCCCUCUCCUCAGAGCACCCUCAUUCCUGGUUACGGGAUUAAGAUGAUGAGUGCCGUCAACUUGAACAGCACCCAGUAUGUCCCCAUCCAUAGCAAGCAGAUCCGAGGCCUGGCCUUCAGCAACCGUUCAGAUGGCUUGCUUGUAUCUGCUGCCCUGGACAACACCCUGAAGCUUACAAGCUUGACAACAAACACUGUUGUGCAGACUUACAAUGCAGGCCGGCCUGUCUGGAGCUGUUGCUGGUGCCUGGAUAAUACUAACUACAUCUACGCUGGACUUGUCAAUGGCUCUGUAUUGGUAUAUGACCUACGUGACACCACCUCUCAUGUCCAGGAGCUAACGACAGAGAAAUCCAGGUGCCCAGUGGUGUCUUUGUCAUACCUUCCUCGAAUGGCUUCUGCUGCACUGCCCCAUGGUGGACUGGUAUCUGGGACACUUGAAGGAGCCUGUUUUUGGGAGCAGAAGACCAUCGACUCCUACCGGCCGCAUCACCUCCCCUUGGAGUCUGGGGGCUGUACUGACCUUCAGACAGAGGCCAGCACACGGCACUGCCUUGCAACUUUCAGACCCAAUAGAAACCGCAACUGUUUGCAGUGUGUGGUGAUGGAGCUGACCUGUACUCAGCUGACAGAAGCAGCCGAUGAGAUUGUCUGUUCCUGUCGUCCUGUUCAGACUCUUACUGCAGGCCCAACAUGCAAACUCUUGACCAAAAAUGCAAUCUUUCAGAGUCCAGAAGAUGAUGGCAGCAUCCUCGUGUGUGCUGGGGAUGAAGCAUCAAACUCUGCCAUGCUCUGGGAUGCGGGGACCGGUUCCCUGCUGCAGAAGCUUAUGGAUGACUUACCUGUGUUAGACGUCUGCCCUUACACAGUGAACCGCAAUAGCUUUCUGGCUACCUUGACAGAGAAGGCAGUGAAGAUCUACAGGUGGCAGUGACAACUCACUGCAUUCUUCCUCUAAGCUGUGCCAAUGUGUCCUGAGCCAGCUUUGUUGCUAACUGGAGAGCCGCUCCAUCUAGAAGAUGAGUAGACCUGCCUGCGCUGCUGUACAAGCAGAACCUUCCACCUCAGGGUAAUUUUAUUUGUACUUCCCUGCCAGUUGCUCAGUGGCUGUUUUGUUCCCAUUUACAGCAAGGCAAAUUCCUUGUGGCUUAUGAUGGACCUUGGUGAAGUCUUCCUGUUAGGUAGUGGUGUCGGAUGUCUGUUAAGAGGUCUUACUCAUGGGAAUUCAUUACUGGCAUUUGCUAAAUGUUUCUAUCCGGUUUUAAUCAGUUCUCUUCCUCAUGUGACCGGAAAACUAAAAGCAGCUUGGAUGGUUCUCCUAAAGCCACUUGCAUUGUUUUCUUUUUUAAAUUUCCCCACUGCAACAUGAGUGAAGCAAGAAAGAACUCUUUCUUUUGUUCUCGUCAUCGGAAGAGGAUGGAAACUUGGCUUUAAUAGGUUCUACCAGGUAUGCCUCUUCUCUUUUAUCAUGAUGGGCUUUGGAAAAGGUGCUAAUUAAAUCUUCUGAGGACUGACUACUAAGUAACACUUUGAAUGGAAAAAUGUCAUUGUGCCUUACUGAAGAAUUUAGCAAGAAGACUCAGGGACUCUUAUUUCGCAUGAGAUUCCUGGAAAGUUCCCAGUAAACACUGAGCAGAAGGAGGGCCUGUCAGAUCACUGGAAGGUGCACCACUAAAUCCAUUUUGGGAGGCUGGUCCAAAGUCUGUUUGCAGAAAACCAUGUUACUGAGAGAAGAAACAAACAAGGGUCCUGCAGCUGUUCAUUUUCUGCUGUGGAUUGAAGUAGGGUCAUAUUUUUGUUUUAAAGUUUUGUGUUUUGCCUAAGGCAAAAUCAUGAAUAUGAUGCAAACUGCAAGGUCUAUCUAGUCUGAGACCCUUUCUUGGCUUUGCGUUAAGCCAACAGAAGCUGUACCUGUUUUGGCUACCUGAAGUUGAGGAGUCAGUGAUUAAAACCACAACAUUUUUCCUAGAGUAUGAACUCUUUAAUCUGUAUACACAUGUAAAAAUGUACAUAUCUCCUACGAACUGUUCUUAUGUAAUAGUUUGUUUCUCUAUAUUUUUUACACAAUGGGAAGAAUAAAUAAUGUUAUAAAUA